AUGGAAAAUUUGGAGGAUGUGGCGUUGCAUUUGCAGCGAUUUUCAUGGCCUGAUUAUGCACUGUUCUCAUUCAUGCUAUUCCUGUGCAUCCUUAUCGGUCUUUAUUUUGGAUUCAUAAAGCCACACACCGCAGAUGCUGAGUCUGAAUAUUUAGUCGGUAACCGCUCCAUGCAUUUCUUUCCUAUCUCAUUAUCAUUAAUUGCAAGUUUUAUAUCCGGAAUUACACUACUGGGACUACCGAGUGAAGUAUAUCUGCAUGGUAUACAAUAUGUCUACGUAUCUAUUGGUGUUGUAUUAAUGGGAAUUAUUAUGGCAACAUUCUAUCUACCAGUAUUUUAUGGCUUAGAGAUUACUUCAUCUUAUGAGGGUGGAUUAAAAGCUGUUGUCUGGACGGAUGUGGUUCAAACAUUUUCCAUGUUUUUGGCAUUGAUUCUAGUUGCUGUGAAAGGAACAAUUGAUCUAAAAGAAGGUGGUAUAGGACAUGUUAUUGAUUCAGCACUCAACACAAGUCGAUUGGAACUGCCAAAUAUUGAUAUAAAUCCUUUAGUUCGACACACACUGUGGAGCCAAGUUUUGGGUGGCGUGUUUUAUUGGGUGCAGACAAAUGCAGUAUCACAAAAUAUGAUACAGAGGUAUCUUUCACUGCCGAGUUUACGUGCUGGAAGAAAGUCUGUUUGGCUUUUUGUGUCUGGAGUAGUAAUUUUAAUGAUGCUGUGCUCAUACAACGGAUUGCUAAUGUAUGCAACGUACAAGAAUUGUGAUCCAUUAAGCACAAAUUUAGCAAAAGCUAAAGAUCAGAUGCUUCCACUGUUUGUAAUGCAAACUUUAGGUGAGCUUCCUGGAUUAAGUGGACUUUUUAUCGCGGGAGUAUUUUCAGCAGCUUUAAGCUCCCUUUCAACAUGCCUCAACAGUCUUAGUGCUGUUGUUUUAGAGGAUUUUAUUAAGCCAUUUACAGACAAACCACUAACAGACCGAAUUAUAAAUUGGGUCAUGAGAUCUACAGUUGUAAUCGUCGGAAUAUCAUCUGCCAGUAUGGUCUAUAUUGUUGAAAAAGCUGGUACAGUUUUGCAGCUUACAAUGUCAUUGGAGGCUAUCACUAAUGGUCCACUGUUUGGUGUCUUCACUCUUGGAAUUUUCCUGCCGUGGAUAAACUCAGCUAGCGCAUUAACAGGGGGCAUAAGUGGCGUUAUAUUCAUGUCAUGGUUAAGUUUUAAUGCACAAUAUGCCAUCGCUUCGGGCCAAAUGGAAUUUCCACCAAAAGAUUUGGCAGCUGAUCAAUGUCCUUACAGUUUCAUUCCAUCCAAUUCAACGAUAAAGGUAUCAGACGAAUACAUCUUUCCGCUCUAUAAAAUAAGCUAUAUGUGGUAUACGCUUGUUGGAGCUAUUUUUACAAUGCUAGUGUCUCUCUUAUGUUCAAUAUUUAUAUUUGGAUUUAACGAUCCAUCAACCAUAUCAUCGGAGCUGUUAACACCAUUUUUAAGGAAGACGUUUUCAAAGGAAAAUGAGAUUAAGAACGAACGUCCAAUUAAAGCAGUUAAAGACACUGAAUUUUAA